CUGUUUGUAAAUGGACGUAGAUCUAAUGUUAUUAAUGUGAUAGAAAAGUAACGUAAAGUGUAGCACGAUGAAUAUACGUGUAAAACAACCAGUAAUUUUUGGAAACUGUUAUAGAGAGCAACCUAAUCGACUAUGUUUUCAUCAUUUUUGCAGGGAAGUUUUUAUUUUGAAGUGGUUCCUGGUAGCUGUCGCCUGCCUUAUUGCCGCAGGUGCUGUAACAGUAUACUUGGCACACUACUUCAUGAAGACAUGCUAUACGUCAACGAAUGUCACUGGCGUAACGGCACAACACAGUGAUCUGAAUACAUACAAGGGCCAAUUACAAGACAUGGGAAAUGGUUACUCAUUAUUUAAACAAGAAGAUAUGACACAAAUAUGCAAAACUGAUGGAUUGACUGGCAGCCAACAAAUGAGAAAACAUAGUACAAAGCUUGUGUGUUAUUAUACAUUUCCAGGACCAGGUGGUUUGGUGCCAGACAAAAUCGAUCCUUUCCUUUGCACUCACAUUAACAUUGCAGCAGUUGGUAUAAAUAAUAGCAAGCUGGAACCACUUAGUGAAGAAAGACAAGAAGUCAUUAAGUCUCUUGUUGGUCUAAAAAUUCGUAAUAAAAAUCUUAAAGUUAUCCUGUCUGUGAUUGGUAUGCCAGGUGGAUUUGGAGAUAUGGUUUCAAAGUCAUCAUCCAGGAGAAUGUUCAUCAAAGAUUUGUUGUGGACACUGUCAUACUAUUCAUUCGAUGGUGUUGAUUUCGACUGGGAAUUCCCCGCUUGGCCUGGUAAAAUUUCAGAACGCAAAAAAUUUAUUAUUUUUUUGAAGGAGCUGCGAGAUGCAGUUCGGAAAAGUCAACUAAACACUAUUGUGAGUGUAGCUGUUGCAGCACAAGAGACGAUUGUGGAUGUUUCAUAUGAUAUUCCUGAAAUGAACAAAUACAUUGAUUACGUAAAUCUCAUGGCAUAUGACUACCACUUUUAUACUGAGUAUACCCCAUUGACUGGGCCUAAUGCUCCAUUAUAUAGCCUUCCAAGUGACAAAGGUUACAUGUCCACACUCAACACAAAUUGGUCUUCACUUUACUGGCAUGAUAGAGGCAUGCCUAAGAACAAGAUCGUCAUUGGAAUACCAACUUAUGGCCAUUCCUUCUGGCUCAUUAAUGCUGAGAAUCAUGGUUGGUCAGCUCCUGCUUCAGGAUAUGGAAAAAUUGGAAGUAAAGGAUUUGUAAGCUAUCCAGAAGUGUGUCAGUUCCUUCAUUCCACUGGGAGUAAAUACAUUUUUGAUAAAAAUUUUGAAGUGCCCUAUGCUUACCAGGGUUUGGAGUGGAUUUCGUAUGAUGAUGAAUGCAGUGUAAUGUACAAGGCAAAGUAUAUCGCCAGUGGCUCUUAUGGAGGAGCAAUGGUAUUUUCUCUCAAUGUAGACGACCAUCAAGGUGUGUGUGCUGGUACAACAUUCUUGCUGACAACACAGAUAAGGAAUAUUCUAGGAGUUUCUUGGCAGUAAGAUGAUACCAACUUCUCUUGUAAGCAGUCUACCAUGAUAAGACAUCCACAAAACACAAGUGGAUGAAGUUCACUGAAACAGAAUUGAAUGAAGUAUGUAGUUCAGUACUUUUUCCAGGCAGAAAUGAAUCAACUUUGUCACUUUUCAAAGUUGUUUAUAAGCCCAAGAUGCUUAGAAGGGCUGGAAUUAAAGACAGAUAACCUGUA